UUGUUAGCUGAUUUUCAACAAGUCUAGCUUUUUUUGGCUGGUUUCGAAAGCUCAAUCAGCUACAAGUGUCUUUGCUUGUGCAUUGUCAACACUAGCAUUUAGUUGUCAAUGUCGCAGCCUUUAUGUUCUCGAUUUUGGCUAAAUGCCAGCAGAAUUGCCGAAAUUAUUAGUUAGAUGUCUCUGUUCCGGCUGCAUAGAUGUAUACCGUACGAUCUGAAAUCUAUAGUGAGACCAACUACCAGCCCGUGGACAGUGGCGGUGGCAAUCUAGUCUCCCAGUUCCGUUUUCGUUAUCCCGACGAGGAUUCCAAAAGCGAUGUCACCGUUGUGGACAAGGAUGGCGAUCUAGACGUGCAGCGCGUACGCCGUGGAAUCAUCCAACUCGAACAUUCCGGAGCCACAGAAAUCAAGCUGGUCGGACUCCAGGUUUGGCGUGGAGCUCUUCUCCUGGCGGAUUAUCUAUUCGCAAAGCGGCAGGACUUUAACUCCAAGACCAUUAUGGAGCUGGGAGCUGGCGUUGGACUCACCAGCAUUACGGCUGCCAUUCAUGGCCAUGGCCAAGUCUAUUGCACUGAUGUGAAUCUGGGCAAGAUUCUGGAGUUAAUCCAGAGCAAUGUGCUGCGCAAUGCAAAGUUGUUGCGAGGUCAAGUGUCUGUUUUGGAAUAUGACUUUAUGGCGCCCCAAUCUCAACUCAGCGAGCAGCUAAUAGCGGCCAUUGAUGCCAGCGAUGUUAUUAUGGCAGCUGAUGUUGUUUACGAUGACAGUUUGACCGAUGCUUUUGUCCGGGUUAUCGAGCACAUCUUUGAGCGUGGCCAAAAGUCAGGAAAGCCAAAGACCGUCUACAUGGCGAUGGAGAAGCGUUAUGUGUUCACUCUGGAGGAUUGUGAUUCUGUGGCUCCGAUGUACGAGCAUUUCCUCAGGCAGACGGUAAGGAAACCUUGGAUCAUAGAGAACAUACCACUGGACUUUGCACAGUACUUUGAGUACGAACGGUGUCCACAGCUCAUUUUGAUGCGCAUCAGCAGCCGUUGAGUCAAAAGACAGACGAGAGUAGCUCCAGCAGCGAGACUUAUUCGCAAAUCAAAGGAUAAUAGAUAAAUAUGAUUGU